UUUGAGAGAGAUAAAGUUUCGGCUUAUUUCGUUCUUUAAGACGAACAACACGCUACUUAUUUUUUGCGAAGACUGUGAAAAAUUUAACUUACUUUUCAGGUUAUGUUGCAUAGGGUCGUGAAGGUUACUCGCCUAACCUCAACGCGGUUCGCUUGGUAUUGCUGGAAACAAAAGUUUUUUAUAGAGUGAACCAAAAAACGUUGGAACAUGUCCCGUUAAGAUUUUCUCAAUAUUAUAAUUUUAAAAUAAAAUGCGCUAAAGAAAAAAGUGGGUUUCGAAUAAUGUUGGUUUUCUGCCGAUAUGAAAAUAUUUUUUUUAUUCAUACAAGAAGUUAAAUCAUCAUUUCUUCACAAUAAUAAUCUAAGCCCUGAAGAUCGUCCACAUUUAGUUCCAAAACCUUUGACGUGGUUAGCCUAAAAAAUGAAUGGGCCAUUUUCUAGUAUAGACAUUACAUAUUUUCAUUAACAGAAACUCGUUUGGAGUUUUAAUUUUUAAUAUAUGUUUGAAUAUAUGCACCACUUCAGAACAAACGUGACUUUACUUGGUUCUCUGAAUGGACUUUAUAGUUAUAGUUAAUUUAAAUUUCCCAAACUUGUAAAACCAGUAAAAAUAUGCUUUUAUUAACUAGCUACGCUGUUGUUCGCCCAAGCAAUAGCUUCCUGACAUUGAAUUAUUGAAUUAGUUAUUAAUUAAAAUUGACAAGUGUUUUAAGUUAUUAAACUAUAUAAACAAUAAGAGUAUAGGUAUUUAGGGUGUGGUGCAAUAUUAUACUAAUACUAUAUCUCUCUUAAUUAUCACAACUUUGAAAAAAAUAUUUUUAAUGUUCUUAUACGGAUUUCAUAAAAUAUGAAGACAAAUAUUCGAAAAAUAUUUUUAAUUAUGCAGGGUGCUACAUGAAAGCGUCUUAUCAAAAAAAUAUAUUUUUAUUUUUUAUAGGGAAAAAAUAUACUAUUCAAUACAAUCUAAUGUAUUACUGAGAAUUUAAUUGAAUAAUUAAAUCACGUAAGUGAUUAUGCCAUACUUGAGGUUUUCCAGAGUCUUGCCAACUUGAUGAACUUUAAAGUAAUUUUUGUCCAAUUUUUUAAAUGGAAGACCCCCCAUCUAAAUACUUUAUCGUGUUAUAUUGUAGUAUACAAACAUAUAUAGGGUUCAUUUUAAAAAAACAUAUUAUUGUUUUUCCUCGAGGCAUGAAACACCCUGCACAAUUUCAUGUAUUUUGUUGUUUAUCUGUUGACUUCUUGCAACACCUACUAAGUAAAAUAUUUUUUAAAAACACUGAUAAAUAAUAAGAAAGUAUACAGAGUGGCUUAUAUUGUGGUAGUAAAGUUGGGUGAGAGUAUUCUUGAUCUUAAAAAAAUUAAAACUAGAUCCAUGUUUGGUACUUUCAGAAAUGAGUUUCCAGUUUUCAAUUUUAUUGUAUCGUUUUAAAAGUUAGAGAAAAUUUAUAAAUUUCUUUCAAGCUUGAAAUAAAGUCAAAAUUUGCUUUAAACUUUACCUUUCUUUUCUAGCAAUAAUUUUAUUUUUUUCAUAAAACCUAUAUUACCGUAUAUUCAAAGUUAACUUCAUGUUUACUGUGUGCUACUAACCUUGUGUCAAUCUACAAAACCAUCCAAGUGAUGCUGAGUUGAAGCUUCUUAAUAUUUUCACCGCUUUUUUAACAAUGAUUAUUUCAAAAUUAAUUUUUAAGUUUAAACCAAAAUGAAGCAAUAACGAUGCGCGAAAUGUUUCAUGGUAAUAUAUGAAGACAUAUGAAGUUAUUUGAAUGACCGAGUAGAUUCGGUGGUGAGAGAUUUUAGUGGGCUCUUAGUGUUUCUACUCGAUUCAAAACAAACUUCGAAAUACCCAAUAAUUUCGUUAACGUAUAAUAUUGGAGAUUUUUUUCCAAAGAUGGCGUUGUUUUAGAAAAUGGAUAUGAGCAAGAUAUUCCAUUCUAGUCUAGGCAUCAAAUACCCAACUUUAAGGGACCACCCACUACAUUCAGCAAAUGGCUUAAGGGCAAAAACGUGGACGAUGGAGCCGAGGGAUACUGGAGGAUCCAUGAUAAUUUGUAUGACUUACAUAGUUUUAUCAAACUACACCCCGGGGGAGAAGACUGGCUUAAAUUAACAAAGGGCACCGAUAUUACUGAAGCCUUCGAAGCCCAUCAUUUUACAUCAAUGCCCGAAGAUUUAUUACCCAAUUUCUUCAUCAGGAAAGCGACCCAGACAAGAAACCUACCAUUCACGUUCGACGACCGAGGUUUUUACAAAACCCUCAAAAGAAAAGUGGCGGAGGAAUUGGAAAAACUUCCGGAGCACCCGAAAAACAGGUCCAAAUACUUAACCGACGCCCUGUUCUCAUUAUACGUUACGGCUUUCAUCUCUGCCGUGCGUUAUAGAAGUUUCUCCGUCGGGAUUUUGGCAGGAAUUUUGCUUGGACUGACCGCCAUUGCAGCGCAUAAUUUUUUUCACCAGAAGGAUAAUUUCCGAAGGUUUUAUUUCGAUUUUUCUAUGAUGAGCUCUAGGGAAUGGAGAAUCAGUCACGUACUAAGUCAUCACAUGUACACAAAUACAAUCAGCGACAUGGAAAUAUCGUCAUUAGAGCCAUUUCUAUGGUACCUACCGGCAAAAAGACACUUUAUUGUUAAAUAUUGCUCGUGGCUUUAUUCCCCGGUGAUUUAUGGCGUCCUAACGAUGGUUCAUUUUCUCAAAACCUUGAUUCAGGAGCUUCUGGACGGAGGCAGUGGACUAUCUUUCACCAUCCUCUUACCUUUCACACUUCCAUUAUUAUCUUGGGUAAUAACUGGGCAAUCCGCUUUGUUUUGCAUUGUCAUGUUUUUCUGGAUUAUUAUCGUCGGAAGUGUUCAUUUUGGAUUAGUGGGUGUAAAUGCCGCCCACCACCACCCUCAAAUAUUUCAUGAUGGCGAUGCUAUACGUCCCUUAAACGAACUCGAUUGGGGUAUUCACCAACUCGAUGCGGUGAUGGAUAGACGGGAAAUCACAGGUUCUCACUUCCUGGUACUGACAAACUUCGGAGAUCAUGCACUGCACCACUUGUUCCCUUCUAUCGAUCACGGUUUAUUAGAAUACCUUUAUCCAAUUUUUCUGGAAACGUGCAAACAUUUCGGCGUCGAGUGGAAAUUGACGUCACAGUUGGAGCUAGUGAAAGGGCAGUUUUUACAACUUGCAAACGAAAAAGUCAACAGCGAACCCCCGAAGAAGUUACUGCACACGAAAUUAUGACACUGUUACAUUUAGUGAUUCACUGUACAUACUUGGAACGCUUAUAUUUAUUGUAUUAUUAUUAUUGACUUUAAAUAAAAUGAACAAAUAUA